UCUUUCAAGUUAUGAUGUGCAUACGAAACAGAAAACUGAGAAGGGGGUUUAUUAUUACUAUGGAUUUAAAACCAGUAGGGCACCGCUUCGAGUUAAAUACCACGCAUGCGCAGAAGCCGGUGAUCCGAGUCGUUCUUUUCCCUAUAUAUUCUAUUAAGAGCGACCCUGGUCACCAGCGACCGCCACCACGGUUACACCGGUUUUUCAACCUACGCCUGGAUUGCCAUGCGUCGAUUAGAGUUCCAAAAUAGUAGUAGUGUAAAGAAAAACUGAAAACAUACGAACAUAAAACAAUCAUCAGAAAGCUCGAAACAAGAAUGUCCACAUGUUGCAUAUGAUGGAUCUAUUGAAGAGGACAUAGUUCCUCCAAUUUGAAGAUGUGGAAUCAGGACAGUAUUCUGGUUCUUCUUUUAUUUCUGGUGCUAACAGUACACACUGUGAAAUCGCAGGAACCAUGCAGUUCUCCAGGCCCUAACAUCGCUGGUUCUGUGUUUGAAUCCAGUUUCAUUGAUUUUGACCCAAAUUCUGCACUCCACAGAACGGACACAUUUAUAGAGGGAAUUAAUCUUGGGACUGAUCUAAAUACAGGGGUCAACCUCACUAUUAUUCGCUCAACAGUCACACCAGAUGGCGUAAACUUGAAUGAACUGUUUGAAUUGAUAAUGCUGCCAGUUACUGGUGCAGCUUUUGGAAACAGAGCUUUCAUCCGUUUAAAGCAAGCGAUUGACAGAGAUGGAACUUCUUUCACAGCUAGUGAUGAUCUUGACACAAUAGAAUUUGAAAUAAAGUGUGUCUCAAGGAAAAACCCAGUUGAGUCAAAGUUCUUCUUGAUGCAACUGGAGAUCAAGGACAUAAAUGAUAAUGCACCUAUAUUUGCCAAUGAACCCUACACCGCUGCUGUGGCUGAGUCUGCACCAGUAGGGACUACGGUGUACUCAGGGAUAUCAGCUACAGAUCUGGAUACGGGAACCAAUAAAGAAAUAGACUACGCCAUAGUUCCAGGAGAUGAAAGCAUUAAUGAUGGAUAUACCAAAUUUCUACUUCCUAUAACUUCAAGAGGAGAAAUAGUUGUUAGAGAUCUUUUGGACUUUGAAUCUGUUCAGCAAUAUGUUCUCACAAUAUCUGCAACUGAUAAAGCCAGUAAUCCUGGGGACAGGAAACAGACGACCACCACUAUCACAAUCACUGUAAACGACGUGGAUGAUUUAAGACCCAAAUUUGUGUAUUCCACUUGCUUUGCUGUUAACAAUGCUUGUUUCAACCCCACCUAUACAACCAGUAUUACUUCUGGAUCAUCAGGUGGCCAACUUGUAUUCAGUGCUGUUCCUGGUAAUGAAGUUGUCAACAUCACCGCACAGGACAGGGACACCCUCAACGCUCCAGUUUCAUUUAGUUUACAACUAACUUCACCAGCUGGGUAUCAGAACAGAUUCCAAGUCACCACUCAACAAGUCGCUAGCUCUCCCCAGUACCAGGCUACCAUAACCCAGAUUUCAGCUAUUGAUCGGUCCCAAGUUCCUGAACUGGAACUCUAUUUGGAGGCUAGAGAGGGCCUAACGAACAGGUACUCGGACAGAGCUACAAUAAAAGUGACUGUUGACUCCGCCAACAACAACAAUCCGGUACUAACUGUACCCUUCCAAGGAUUCAUCAACGAAAAUUCACCAGUGGGAACAAUACCAAGGAAUAAUGAUGGAUCGAAUCUAUUAAAGAUAUCUGUCACAGAUCCAGAUCUAAUUUCAGGCGAAACGGGAACAUACACUUUUACAGUCUCUGGAACAGGACUAUUCCGUGUAAACAGUGAGGGAUACGUGGAAGCAACGGCACCAAUUGACUACGAGUCCACUCCAUCGGUCAUUUUCACUGUGACUGGAACUGAGGUUGGAACCCAGAUCCCGAGGAGUGGGGCUGUGCAGGUCACCGUUAUUGUCCGAGAUCUGAAUGACAACUCUCCAGUUUUUGGAGCAGCUAAUUACACGGACACAAUUGUGGAGGGAGACUACAGUACUAGCAACCAAGUUCUUGUGGAUGUUUCAGCAAGUGAUGCAGAUACUGGUGCUAAUGGAGACAUUGUGUAUUCCAUACAAAGUGUCUCCAACAAUGGAUUUUCCAAAUUCUCCAUUCAAAAUGAUGCAGGAGCAGGAAGAGCUACCAUUAGUUGUGUGGGAAGUGUAACAGACGGCGAAGUUUAUGUUCUGACAGUCCAAGCUACGGACCAGGGCCAACCUAUCUCCGAGAGAAGGAGUGUUACAGUGCCCGUGGAAGUGACUGUGACACCAUUAGGGACACGCCCCCCUGUCAUUGAUGCCCCUGCCUUUACAAUUGCUAUCAGUGAGGCUGUGCCAAUUGCUUCAUCUGUGUGGGCUGUUCCGGCCAGAGAUCCAGAGGGACUUCCUUUGACCUUCAGAGUUCUGUCUGGAGAUGGCAACAAUGACUUUACCUUGAGCUCAACAACGGGGGAGUUUAGUACAGCUAGACUAUUGAACAGGGAGGCAAUACCUCAGUACACUUUGAACAUUCAAGUCCAGGAUCAAACUUCACAGUUUGCACAAACAACGCUGACAAUUAUCAUACAAGACGUGAACGAUAACAACCCUGUUUUUACAACAAGUAUCUACACAUUCUCAGUAGUAGAAGGAAAGACCAAUGAACCUGUGGGCACUGUCACGGCAACUGAUGCAGACCUGGGUAUAAAUGCAAAUGUUGCGUACCAGAUAUCACCAUAUUCAUCAACAGGCUCUGCCAGUUUAUUUUCCAUUCAACCAUCUGGAGAAAUUCGAACACUCAGUGCAUUAGAUUAUGAGACAAGAACCUCUCAUGUGAUCCUGGUGCUGGGCACCGAUGGAGGAGCUAGUGCUAGAACUGGAACAGCAACUGUUACCAUCAAUGUACAGGACGUAGAGGACGUGAUUCCAUUGUUUACAGAGACUAAUAUCGAGAGGUCCAUUAAUGAACGACAACCAAGUAAUACAGUGGUAGUGCAAGUCACGGCAUUGGAUCAGGAUACGACCAAGCGUAUUAGUUACACAUUCAGCGGGGGGGAUACCAGUGCCUUUAGUAUCGAUGCAAAUAGUGGUGUUAUCUCUACCACACAGAUUCUUCAGUACGAGGCGAAGAAUCGCUAUGUGUUCACAGUAACUACAAAUGAAGGAGCAAGUUCCAAUUCCUUGUCUGCAACAGCAACAGUCACCAUUAAUGUUCUGGAUAUCAACAAUUAUCCUCCAGUGAUUGAGCCUGUGCCUGCCAAUAUACAGUUUCUUGAAAAUGUUCCUGUGGGAACUGUUCUUCUUUCCAGUAUCACAGUGAAUGAUGCAGACGCACAGAUUAAUGUGGAGGCACGAGAUGGUGGAGUGCCUUCAUUGGCUGCCUACACUACGGUUACCGUCAACGUAGUAAGAAACACCGCUCCAUUCUUCCCGCCUCCAAAAUCAGCUACAGUCACCAUCUCCAACAGCCACGCAGUGAAUUCAUUAGUCACCACUUACACAGCCACAGACAAUGAUAACGAGCCUCAGUUUAACCAGGUGACCUACUCCAUGGUAACAGACUCCACCGCGAAUUCCCUGUUCAGACUGGAUUCUGUCAGUGGACAGAUUACGCUCAUUAGCCCCCUCACAGCUGACGAUGCUUCUCAGUACUUUUUGACAAUCAUUGCGACAGACAAUGGAGGCCUAUCAGACACUGGUACAGUUACUGUUAGUGUGAAUCGCAAUUUAUUUAAUCCUCAAUGGAAUCCAAGUGGCGGACCCUUCACGGCUACAAGAAAUGUGACAGAAAAUAGAGCAGUCUUGGAUACCGUAUAUACCCUCUCAGCAAUAGACACAGAUAUUCAGCCACCAUUCAAUACGAAAGUCUACAACAUUUUGUCAACUACAAGUGCUGCCCAGCAUUUCCAGAUUGAUAGUCAGGGAAAUGUCCAAAUCAUUCGUUCCCUAGCCAUUGAUCGUGGAGUCAGUCAGUAUGUGCUGACCAUUGAGCUAAGAGAUGGUGGAAACAGAGUCGCGGCACAGCAGUUUACACUCACCGUGAAUGUUAUCAGAAACACAAACCCCCCAGUUUUCUUUGAUGCUUCAUAUUACAAAGAAAUUGAUGAGACACUAAGUGUUGGGUCCAGUAUUCUACAAGUACAAGCCAGCGACCAGGAUCCAGAGCUGCAGUUCAGAACCAUCACCUUUACCCUGUUGGCAAACACUGCUGGAAAUAACUUGUUUUCUAUGGAUGCUGCAUCGGGUAUUCUUAGAGUGAAAAGUACUCUGACCAGUGAUCCAACUGUCACUUUUAAUAUGAUAGCAGUUGCCACUGAUGGUGGUAGUCCAUCCCAGUCAGCAAAUGCCGUGGUUACCAUCAAAGUCAACCGCAACCGUGUUACUCCGUUGUGGAACACUCUUUCUUAUCAGGUCACCAUCUUGGAAACUCAGACAGUGGGUUCACCUUUAAGUCUGAGUCCAAGUGCACUUAGUGCAAGGGACACUGACGCCCAGCCACCUAACAAUGUGGUUAACUUCCGCUUGAAAGCCAUUGUUGCUAGGGAUGGGUCAACUGUGUAUCCGAGUGAACAGGACAGUUUUGCGGUCAGCACCAGCAGACAAGUGACAGUGAGGAGUCCUUUGAUGGGACUAACAGCCACAGUUUAUGAGUUGUUGGUGGAAGCGUAUGAUUUGGGAGAUCCUUCCAGGACUAGCUCAACCAAUGCGACUGUCACUAUUAAUGUACAGCGUAACAGAGCUCCCGUUUUCACCUCAUCAUCGUAUGGUUUUAUAAUGAGGGAGGAUGCCACGGUGGGCAGUCAGACCCUAGUCGGACAGGUCAUAGCAAACGAUCCAGACACAGCAAUCUCGCAAUUCAGCACCCUGACCUAUGCCAUUGAAUCUCUGGGAGUGGGGUCUCCCAGCGUAUAUUUUGCUAUUGAUUCCAGUGGUCGCAUCACCUUAAGAAAUGCUGUAAAUACAAUACUUGACCCAGAAUUCAGGUUUUUGGUACGAGUCUCAGAUAGUGGAACACCACCCCUGUCAGAUGAGGCAGUGGUUACCAUAACGAUUAACAGGAACUUGUGGGCCCCAGCAUUUAAUCCGCUGAAUUACACCACAACUGUCCAGGAGACCCUCCCAGCAGGAUCAAAUACAGAUGUUGUAGUAAUUGCCACAGAUCAAGAUUUAAAUGCACCAAAUAAUCAAGUUCUUUAUUCAGCUAUUGGGGAUCAGAGUGCCAUGCAGUACUUUGAUGUUAAUGAAAACAGUGGGCGGGUCUUCGUCAGACAACCUCUGUACACUGGAACUUCAUCUCAGUAUUUGCUAAAUGUCAGAGUGUCAGAUAGAGCGGAAAGCCCACUGAUUUCACAUCAAACGGCCACAGUCACAAUAACCGUCGAACGGAACCUCUUCCCACCUGUGUUCCGCAACCUGCCUACAACCCAGUCCCUCCCCAUAACUUCUGGAGUUGGAUUUGGUGUCUACACAGUCUUUGCCAAUGACAGUGAUACUAAAACCCCCUUUAAUGUUGUUACAUACUCCUUAGUGUCGGGGACAAAUGAAUUCAGUAUUAACCCAGGAUCUGGGCUUAUACAACUACAGACAAACUCACUGACUCAGGCUGAAUAUGUGUUGACGGUGGAGGCCCGAGAUGGAGCAAAUGUUCCUAGGAGAAGCUACUCCACGCUGACUUUGAGAGUUGGUAGUAAUUUAGAAAAGCCGGUGUGGGCGACACCUGGUUCUCUGACUUCAUUUGAAGCUUCCACUACAAUUUACGAGACUCACGACUAUGUGACUUCGGUGUAUUCAUUCCAAGCUAAUGAUGCAGACACUGUGAGCCCUUACAACACUGUGAGAUAUAUAGUGGAGGGCGAGGGCAAUGCUCCAAACUUUUUCACUGUGGCUGAUAAUGGACAAACGUUCCUAAAAACAUCCCUACUGCAAAGAACAGAAACCCAAUUUGUGCUGGUGGUAAGAGCAGAGGAUGGUGGAAAUCCGCCCCGUCAAGCCGACAACAAAGCCAAACUGACCAUCACUGUGAUUAGAAACAACAACGCUCCUCAGUGGCAAAACCCAAUGACAACAGCUUUGAUUUCACAACAAGCUGGAACUGGGCAAUCAGUUGGCACUGUGCUUGUAGCGACAGAUACUGAUGCUUUCUUCAACGUAGUGCGAUACGAGAUCAUCGGGGAUGGUGAUGCUGCAACCUUCUUUACGAUUGCCAACCCAUCCAUCGGACAGAUCACAGUGGCAAACUCUCUGGCAUCAUCAUCUGACCAGAUCUACUACGUCCGAGUUCGAGCCUAUGACAAUGGUGUUCCAGCCAAAGACAAUGUGACCGUCGUGGCUAUUACAGUAGAAAGAAAUAUCCUUAGUCUGGGAGUUUCCAUUGCUACAGUUACAGCUCGAGACUUCGCUGGUUACGCUCGCAAAGCUCUGUGUGUGUGUGUGUGGUUGUUGUUUUUUUGGGUUUUUUAUUGAUAGAUCUCUACAGAAAAAAACACUGCCGACUCCUGUGACCUAAGUAACGCUUGUUGUCCCUACGUAAGGCUAGCCUGAAUAUUCAAAGCACUACGUAGCCUCUAUGAUCUUCAACGCAACCCAGGAUCCUCUUCCAUUGAAUUCCUUCCAUCAUGUACAUGUAGGUUUUUCAGCAACUGACCACGUGUCGUAGUUUUGCAUUUGUACGCCAUCGAGGGAACCUUGGUCAUACUCACAGGGUUUUGGCACAAUCUAAGCAAAUUGGUACAUGUAGUAUAUUAUAGGGUUAUUGAACUUAUUUUGGUGAAUAUUGGCACGAGUUGGCUGUCAAAAUGCACGAGCUUGCGAGUGCAUUUUGACAGCUAACGAGUGCCAAUAUUCACCUAUAUAAGUUCAAUAACCCUUUUAUUAUAUAGCUAAAGUAUUUAGUUGUUAAAUUAUAUCCCUUUUCACUCAAACUACUCCAAAAUAGACGAGAAUUCAUCAAUAUUGGCAGUGUGCAAUAACAGCAUGCAUUUCUUAACUGUUCAAUAUUUAACCCGUCAUUAAUGCACGAAGCAAACUGAUUUUGUAAAUGGGGACAUCAUAAUUUAUGUACAGUAAAACAUUUUGCAUAAGUAAAUAUCAAAUACCGGCUCUGUCAGAUUCGGAGGACCGUCGUCUGCCAUUUUGGCUUGUUUACGUCGUUACGGUAACGUCAAUAUUGAACGCUCAUACUCGGAAUGUUUCGGGCCCAUACAAUUUACGCAAUGCAAAGUUAGCGUUCAAUAAAUUCUCAGGAUAUUGAACGCUAACAUUCUCUAGAUUUUACGCAGAUUUUAUAUUAGACUAUUUAUCAGCUAUAUAAUACAAAGCUAUAUUUACUCUGUGCACCAGUUUGUUGAGAUUGUUUCCAAACCCUGUAGUGACCACGCCAAUCUAAUUGAAAUUAGAUCCCAACACCUACAUGUUCGAUAUUGCAUAUCAAUUUUUUUUUUGUUGAAUAGCACUCAGUUUCACUUCAAAUGUAUCCUACAAUUAUUUUACACACGUAAUAUCACUUCAAAUAUGAGGUAUUUUCAUUUCUGGGCCUCUAAGUGCGAAACUAUCCCCUGCUACCAAGGCCUAUUCUAGGACUAUCCUCAGAGUUAGGGGGAAAGUGUUUGCAAUCUUUUAGAAUCAAUAAAUUAUAUAUUAUAUUGAUUUCAACUGUAAAGGUAUUACGAGCAAUUUCAUAUGUUGUUGAAAAUGAACAGAUGUUAGGGCUUUCGUAGCUUAGAUUUAGUUGGAUCAAAGAGGGAAGUAUAAGGCCUUCCAUAGUUCCUCCUCUUGGACCAGGAUUACAAUGUCUAAUCUAGAUAGUAAGUGACUGUAUUUUGAUAUUUCGCUGGUUAACAAAGUUUACUUGUAUUGAAAUAUUGGCAGGAAAAUAUUACUAUGAUGUUGCAUCAAUGGCCCGGUUGCAUAUAUUUUUUUUAUUUUCUUCCUUUCGAUUUUAGAAACCUUACACGAAUUUCCUUAGCUCAAUACUAUGUAAAACUAAUUGAAAGUCUUUCACACUCUCGCUUUUCCACUAUUUAUUUUCAGUCUGACUUGAAAUUGUUGUAAUAUUUUUGGUAAUGAUUUCGAUAUUAAUUUGUUCCUUUUUGCAACGAUCAUCCCCCCCCCCCUUUCAUGUCGUAUGGUGUAUCUUGAAUGUCAAUCAUUGUUGCGGUAUUUAAUUACACAUUGGAUGUUAUUUCACAUGUAAAUGCAAAGUUAUAGAGUUACCCCGUAAUUUGUAUUUAAAUCUAAAUCGUCCUGUCAUUGAUGUGUUUUAGCACCUUAUAGCGCACAUGUUUACAAACGUUCUGCCGCCGCCAUACUCUUCUUUACUUCUGUAGUUAUUUGGGGGGGGGGGGGGGGGGGGGGGGGGAUUUUUAGUAUUUUUGGUCGGGCUCGGAGUCCUCUGAGCCUGCACGUGAUUUGCUCUCUCUGAGGUAUAUAUACCAUCCCGGUUAAUGGGAUUUAACCGAUCUCAAUAUGUCCCAGUAACUGGUUGGACACAUCCGCACGGAAUGCAAUAUGUCUCUUUUAUUGAUUGAAACAGUCAUUUAUCAUGUGUAUUAUACUGUGUUUGUGUUUAUAUAUAUAAAUUAUCUACACCCACCUUAUCAUUAACGGUGUGUUCUACGUGAGAAUUUUGUGAUUAUAAUUCAUAUGAAUAAUUAUAUUAAAUUUAUAUUCACCAAAAA